AUGGAAUUUCCUCUCAUACGACCCACUUUUUCGUUACCUUCUCCUACUUCACCAUCCGUCGUCGCAUUGCCGCCUUCAUCAUCCACCACCACUACUACGACCAAUAGCACUGCCAAUUCUCUUCCAAAAAAGAGACCUGCAAAAUCCCACGUUCCUGCAGCAUGCGUGAAUUGUCAAAAAGCACAUCUUGCUUGUGAUUUAUCAAGACCAUGUCGACGAUGCGUAUCUUCUGGAAAGGAAGGCACAUGUUAUGAUGUCCAGCAUAAGAAAAGGGGACGACCUAAACGACGUGAUAGACCAUCUACAGCAGGAGGAUCAACAACAACAACAACGUCGUGUACAACACCAACGGCAACAUUCCCACCUUUAUCAAAUCGCAAUUUAUAUGUGCUGCCAGCUGAGCUACCACGAUCAUCAUUUUUAAUGACACGACCCCCAGGCAAUGAUCCAGCUGAUAAAGACAUCAACAAGUCAAUGAUCACGUUUAUCUUGUCAAUGGAGAUAUGUUGUGCGCGGGUAUCGGAUGAAUCUCUUAGUCUAUUGGGUAUUUAUCCUCACGAGUUCGCACACAGAUCUUUAUACGACUUCAUUCCUUCUUCUCAUGCAUCCACACUCGCACGCGUCCACCGUCGCCUUCUUGAUAACGCACACAAUGUCAGCAAAUCAGCGUCUACUACUACUUCUACUACUACCACAGUAACUUCAACAUCAAUGCACGCAUUGCCACCAACACAACGUACUACAGCCGAUUGCUUUGCAAAUACCGCACCUUCUGUUCUCAUGUGCAUUGCCAAUGGGUCUCAAACUCUCAAAGAAGACUUUGCAUUCAAGACUUCGAGUGGACAAGAAGUGAAAGCACAAGCACGGUUUUAUCUUGGAGGAGGAUUGGGCUCUGAUCUCUUUGUUCCUGACACACUUGGCAAACUGUACAUUGUAUGCCUUGCUACACCUGAUGUGGCCUUGCAGCCAACACCAACAUCACAAUCCCCGGCAUUGCCUAUGCAAGAUGCCAUUACAACACCGCAAGAGCAUCAUGUACAGCAACAACAACAACACUAUGAACAGCACCAUACAUUGCCACCAGUAUCGUCAUCAUUAUUUACAACAUCCCCUUCAAUGCCAGCUACAUCUACGACGCCCAAUUUCUCAUCCAUACUUGACCCACCUCAUGUUCCUUUUUCAAUGUUUAAUACCACGUCGAAUGAAACUGAGAGUAGUACACCGAGUAGCCAUCAAGGAGCCACUGGUGGUGGGGAUGACUUGAUCUUACAUAGUCCACCUGAAGCAAAUGAUUAUGUCUCAACGUCACCGCUUUUGAACAUGUCGCCAUCAUCCAUCGAUAUAUCCUAUUCACCUGCAAGUCCUUCUGAUGUGAUGAAUAACAAUACCCAUCAUGAUGUGGAUAUACAACAGCGGCAUCAUGUCACCAUGGCAACAACAACAACAACAUCAGUAUCAUCACCAGCAUCAUCCUCAGCAUCUAUAUCAUCACACCAUCACCAGCAGCAACAACAACCAUCAUCCAACAUCAUCACCACUACCUCUCAUCAUCAUCCCAAGAUCACCGUGGCAACACCCAAAGUCAAACCACAGCAACCUGAAGAUUGUUUAUUGGCUGCAUCAUUAGAUCGACAACAAGAUCGACGCUCGCGAGAACGUGGAUUAUUGAACAAUACAUGGUCGCAUCCACGUGAAGCUUAUUUUCGAGAAAUUGGAUCAAGUCGAAUGGUAUCAGCUGAAGCGAAUGCCAUGGCAGGGUUUCCUUAUCAAUCACCUUCCAAUGCAAUGAUGGAUGCACUACGCCAUUCGACCCAACAUCCUUCUUCAUCUGGCAGUCCAUUAAAUCCAGUAGCUACGCAUCAUCGUAUCCCUAGUAUUCAUUCAACUCGUCUUCCUUCCUUACGACAGCACCCUUUUACUCGUCUAGAACGACCAAGACGCUAA